AUGGAAGAGCUAAAGGAAAAGACAGAAGAGGUAUACUGCCUUGACGUAAAUAAAGACCUGAAUAUGGUUAUAUCCGGAGGAGGCAACGAUGCAGUGACAUUCCAUGCCUUUAACGGCGAGGAGUAUCUCAUUGACGAGGUAAUUGAGGGGUUUGAAGACUCAAUUAUAAUGACUGAGUUUGUGUCCAGCGACAAAGCAGUUGCAGUGUCCAUGGACGGAACGGUUGCCUCAAUUGCAAUUAAAAAAGAGCAUGGAGGAUACACAAAAGAGAUAAAAACUGUAGAUGUCCAGAUGGACAUAACUAAAGCAGUGGUGUCCAAAGAUAAACAGCGCCUCUACAUAGGAACUGCUGAUGGCCUUGUGGAGGAGCUGCCAAAUAACAUUGAUGAAAUUGGCGGGCGCGCUGUAAAAGUGUAUGCAGGACACUCGUCUGAGAUCCAGGACAUACUGGAAUCUGACACCUGCCUGUACAUUGUCUCAAGUGGACAGAUAAUCGUAUUUAAUAAAGAAACAGGGAGCGUGUCUGCCCGGUACAACGCAGAGUUAGAUAGCGACAUUCGGGUGGUCCAGAUAAACAGCACUGGAAAGUCCCUAGGAGUUGGGUAUGGAAAUGGAUCUUUGGUAAUACUUUCAUACUCUCCCGCGCAAAACCGGCUAGUAAAUGUAUAUCAGAGUGAUAACUCCGCACGGCAGUCAAUUGAGUCACUGCUGUUCUUUGGAGAGAUGCUUAUAUAUGGAGACUUUGCAUCAACUGUUUCUGUUCUAGAUACAAAGUAUAAAACAGAGAAAACGUGCAGGAUUGCAGAGGAGCAGGAGUGCGUUAUAAAAAUCAUUGCAGUGUCAGAUGCCGUAUGCAUUGCAGUAACAAACACAGGGAAUGUGUCUGUGGUUUCGCUAAGAGCAGACAACACAAUAAUAUGCAGCUAUGCUCUGAGCAGCAUAACACUAAACGCGGUGGUGUUUAAUCGAUUCAUCUGUGCUGCAACAGUAGAGGGAAUUGAGUUUCUUAAACUAUAG